AUGGUUGGUCAAGUUCAACAACGUAAUUAUUCUACUAAACCUAACAUUAUUGAUAAAAUUCGUUCUAAAUUAAACAUUAAAAAUGAUAAUUUUAAAAAAUUUCUUUCUGAAUUGUUUGGAACAUUUUUAUUAGUUUUUAUUGGAACAUCUGUAUGUGCACAAUUUAUUCUUUCAAAUCCUGGAAAUGUUGAACAUUUACAAAUAAAACAUACAUGGAUUCAAAUUACUAUUGGAUGGGGACUUGCUUUGGCUUUCAGUGUUUAUGCAACAUAUAGAAUUAGUGGUGGCCAUUUAAAUCCAGCUGUAUCAUUUGCAAUGUUAACUCUUGGAAAAAUUAAUCCUAUAAUUUUUAUUGUUUAUUGUAUUGCUCAAUUUAUUGGAGCUUUUAUUGGUGCAGCUUGUACUUAUCUUGUUCACUGGGAUAAAAUUUCAUCUCUUGGACCAAAUACUUAUCUUUAUAAUAAUCUCCAUGUAAUAAAAGAUCUAUCAACAGAUACUGUUAUAAGAAGUAUUGAAAUACCAAAUUCUAUUUCAACAGCUGGAAUAUUUACAUCAUUUUUAGCACCACAUUUAUCAUUUUUUGGAGCUUUUGUUGAUCAAUUUUUUGGAUCAGCAAUUUUAAUUUCAUGUAUUUGUAUAAUUAUUGAAGGAAGAAAUAGAAUUCCUAGUUCAACUCAACCAUUACUUAUUGGACUUUCUCUUGUAAUGAUUGGAUGUGCAUUUGGAUAUAAUCUUGGUUAUCCAAUAAAUCCAGCUCGCGAUUUUGGACCACGUCUUUUUGCAUGGAUUGUUGGAUAUGAAAAUGUUUUUGGACAAGGUGAUUAUUAUUUCUGGAUUCCAAUUAUUGCACCAUUUCUUGGAGCAUUUUUUGGUGCAUGGAUUUAUUAUUUGUUUGUUGGAUUAUACUUACCAGAACAAGAAAGAUAUGUUGAAGUUCCAAUGACUAUUGUUAAAAGUGUUAAAACUAUUCAAUCAGAAGAUACAUUACCAUUAACAUCAGCUUAA